UGGCUGCUGAUAGCACUAAUGAAACCUUCUGUUAACUCUUUCACACAUCAGCAGCAGGUACAGGAGGUGCCACCGGCUCUCCCCGAGUCGUUUUGCUAAUUGAGAGCAAGUUCUUAAUUGCAGGCACUCAGCCCUGCAUUGCAGAACUGCUGCUGCCGCAACCCCGAAUGUCAGUGAUGAGGAAAUGGUGAAACGGCCCGAAAAAAUAGGAGCAAGUCCAAGCCCAGCUGCAAGGGAGAAGUAAAAAAACCCCACAAACUGAAAAGAGUCGGUUCUUCCUGCAAAAAUGCCACACAACAGAGAUUCACCUCAGGGGAUUGAUUACACGAACCUGCGGAAAUGUGGGGAUUUAAAUACUGCAGGCGGCUAAUUCAGCUCUUCCUGGGGCUGAGGAAACAUUCCUUAGCUGCAGGAACACAUCUGAGAGAGGUUUUGUUCUGCAUGGGAGCAGCUGGCAGAGAAUGGCACCUGUGCAUGGGGUCACCUGCUGGCCGCUGGUGUGUGACACCGAGCGUGGAUGGGGGACAAGGUGAGACACAGGGGGUGGGACACUGGAAGGGGAGCUGCAGGAGGGAUGGUGACAUCCAGCUUUGGGAUUUGCUGUCCUGCUUCCCAGUUUGUGGCUGCUCUGGCUGAAGCUGUCGUGCAGCGGGAUUUGGGCUCAUAGCAGAGCGAGGUUGUCACUGCAGCAAGGAGCUGUCCCCUCGGAGCUGCACUGGGCUGGCUGAGGCACAACUGGGCGCUGCAGGCACGAAGGAAAUUCUCUCUGGCACUGAAAAGAGAAGAACCAACUUCUGAUGAAUUUUGUGGUUUCUGAAAAGACUGGCGGGUGUGUGGAGCUGGUGUUGCUGCGCCGUCACGAGAUGGCCGAGCGUGCUUCCCCGAGGGGAGCGUUCCUGCUGUCCUGAACGCUUGAAGGUCCAGGAUGGAACAUUCCUGCUCGCUCCUGCUGCUCUGUGUUAGUUUCAUUUUUGCACAAGCUCUGCCACCCAACGGAACUGAGCUGCCCAAAAUAACCACGAGCACCAACUCUACUGAGGAGAAUACCUUGCACAAGGAGCUGCUGACCUCCCUGCUGAUCCUGGUGCUGGUGGUGAUCAUUUUCGUGGUGCUGGUGGGGUAUUUUUUCAGGUUCAGGAGACACAGGAAAGCUGUGGUCACCUCUGGCGACAAAAAGAUGCCAAAUGGGAUCUUGGAAGAACAAGAACAGCAACGAGUCAUGCUGCUCAGCAGGUCUCCCUCGGGCCCCAAGAAGUAUUUCCCUAUCCCAGUGGAAAACCUGGAGGAGGAAAUCCGGAUACGCUCGGCAGAUGAGGGGAAGCUCUUCAGGGAGGAGUUUAAUUCAUUAACAUCUGGAUAUGUGCAGGGAACUUUUGAAAUGGCAAAUAAGGAAGAGAACAGGGAGAAGAACAGAUAUCCCAACAUCCUGCCAUAUGAUCAUUCCAGAGUGAUUUUGACCCAAAUUGAUGGAGUCCCACCUUCAGACUACAUUAAUGCUUCAUAUAUAGAUGGUUAUAAAGAAAAGAAUAAAUUUAUAGCAGCACAAGGACCCAAGCAGGAAACAGUCAAUGACUUCUGGAGGAUGAUCUGGGAGCAGAAAUCAGCCAUUAUUGUCAUGUUAACCAACCUGAAAGAAAGAAAAGAGGAAAAGUGUUUCCAGUACUGGCCUGACCAGGGCUGCUGGACCUACGGGAAUAUCCGUGUGUCUGUGGAGGAUUGCAUCGUGCUGGUGGAUUACACCAUCCGCAAGUUCUGCGUGCAGUCGCUCCACGAGGGAUGCAAAGCUCCAAGGCUCGUCACACAGCUCCACUUCACCAGCUGGCCAGAUUUUGGGGUGCCUUUCACACCUAUUGGCAUGCUGAAAUUCCUGAAAAAAGUCAAAGCCUUGAAUCCUGCCCAUGCUGGACCAAUUGUGGUUCACUGUAGCGCUGGCGUGGGGCGCACGGGCACCUUCAUCGUCAUCGAUGCCAUCAUCGACAUGAUGCACGCGGAGCAGAAGGUGGACGUGUUCGAGUUCGUCUCCAGGAUCCGCAACCAGCGGCCACAGAUGGUUCAGACAGAUAUGCAAUAUUCCUUCAUUUACCAAGCCUUACUCGAGUACUACCUCUACGGUGACACGGAGCUGGAUGUGUCAUCCCUGGAAAAACACCUCCAGACUUCCCACAGUGCAGCACCAAACCUGGUCAAAAUCGGGCUGGAAGAGGAAUUUAAAAAGCUGACCAACGUGCGCAUCAUGAAGGAGAACAUGAGAACUGGCAACCUUCCAGCCAACAUGAAGAAAGCAAGAGUCAUCCAGAUCAUCCCCUAUGAUUUUAACAGAGUGAUUCUGUCCAUGAAAAGAGGGCAGGAGUACACAGACUACAUCAAUGCUUCCUUCAUAGAUGGAUAUCGGCAGAAGGAUUAUUUCAUUGCCACCCAGGGCCCCCUCCCGCACACGGUGGAGGAUUUCUGGAGGAUGGUGUGGGAGUGGAAGUGCCACACCAUCGUCAUGCUCACCGAGGUCCAGGAGAGGGAGCAGGAAAAAUGCUGCCAGUACUGGCCAUCAGAGGGCUCCGUGACUCACGGAGAGAUCACGGUGGAAAUCAAGAGUGACAACCUGAUGGAUGCCAUCAGUGUGAGGGACUUCCUGGUUACAUUUAAUCAGAGCAACCAGGAGAAGCAGAGCAGGCUGGUCAGGCAGUUCCACUUCCACGGGUGGCCGGAGAUCGGGAUUCCUGCCGAAGGGAAAGGCAUGAUCGACCUCAUUGCAGCAGUGCAGAAACAGCAGCAGCAGACAGGGAACCACCCCAUCACUGUGCACUGCAGUGCUGGAGCGGGGAGAACGGGAACCUUCAUAGCACUGAGCAACAUCCUGGAGCGGGUGAAGGCCGAGGGGCUCCUGGACGUGUUCCAAGCCGUGAAGAGCCUGAGGCUGCAGAGGCCACACAUGGUGCAAACGCUGGAACAGUAUGAAUUCUGCUACAGAGUGGUACAAGAUUUCAUCGACAUCUUUUCAGAUUAUGCUAAUUUCAAAUGAGAAUUCUGCCUUAUUUUUUAAUUUGUCUGUAUAAAUAGUUGUACAUUAUGUUAAUUUAUUCCAUGUCACUUGGAUUGUUGACUGAACUGUAAAUACAACGUUGUGCUGGCUCUAAAAGUUGCAUUUGCUGUAUAAAGUUGUUUCUUAAAUAGAAAUAUCUUCUAAAGCAAAAUAUAAUGUUCCUAUACUGUAUAGCACUGUAAGAUGGGAUAGAAAUCUUUAUUCUAAAUAACAAAAAAUUAAUUCUUGGGGUUUUUUUUUCCCCCUUUGAGUUUUGCCACUCAUAAAUAUUUAUCAACAAUGUUCUCUCCCAGUUCUUGAAUUUUUUGACAGGUGAUUUACAGUUCAUCCUAAAAAAAGUGAAUUUUGGUGCAUGUGUUUAAACAUGUUUUGUUCACCAGGGAAGUAUGUUCACCAUGAAAAUAGAUAUUUAUUUUUCUAGACUGUUUUAAAGAGCCUCCAGGUUUUGUUGGAUUUUGAGUCCUAUUGUCCAUAGGAUAAAAUCAGUAGAAAUACAGAUUUGAAUUUUUGAAUUAACAGAACUUUCAAAGCCCUGUUAAUUUGGUUUUUCUUCACAAAUUUUGUUUAAAUUGACUUGGAAAGGCAAUAAUGUGAUUUUUAGAAUAUUUUGCACAUUUGAAAAGUAUAUUUUGCAGCACCUGAACUUGUCUACUUGAAGAGAAAGGCCAGAAAUGGAGUUAAAAGUUUCUCUUCUCUAUAAUCACCUGCAUAAUUUCCCACUUCUUUAAAGUAAGAGAUGAACUCUUACUCCUUGAUUUGACUCAGCAGGAUAAUUAAGAGGUAAAAAUUGGAAAACACAUUUUAUGAAUGGUUUAAUUUAAGAAACAUUGAGUAUUGUAUUAAAAGUUCCUCCAGGUUCUUAUCCUCCCAGAAAUGUGAUCAAAAAAGGAUUUUCCAUGAGUGGUUUAGGGUUGUGUACAGAGAUAUAUUUUUACUGAAAGCACUACUGAGAAUAGAGUUGGUGACAGAAAAUAUAAAAGUUUUUAUUACAGCCCUGACCAGGAGCUGGAAAAUCCCCACAAUCACAGGGCACCUGAAUGUUCAAUAAUUACCAAGUUGAUCUUUCCCACUUUUCCAAAAGCGUCUCUGACUUAAUGAGCACAAAGAGGGUGAAUCUGUAAUUAAUUCCAUAACGAAUAUGCAACAGUUCUGUUUUGUCCAGCCAGGCUUUGGCCACGCAACAUCAAAGCCUUAUUUCAAACAAGCUGCUUAAACUGAGCUUUUCCCUGCUGUUCUUGCACUAUUUUACCCCAUUCCAAUAAUCCCAUUGCACCUUGAAGCAACACAAGGGGACAGGAAGGUGUCCCUAGGUCUCCUGCCAUUCCAUCCUAGCUGGAAAAGGUUUGGGGUAGGAAUUCCUGAGCACCCAAUUCCCACAGUGCCAUUGGCUGUUCUUGUCUUCCCAUCGCUGCACUCCUGUAUUUAUUUGUACAGUAAUUAUGCACCUCAAAAACGAGAUUGUUUAAAGAUUAAACCUGGCUCGUGAGUCUCUAUGAGAAGAAACACUCAGGCCACAGGGUUGGGUAGUGAAAGUGGAGCUGAGGAAGGGCAUGUUCCUGAAAUUCCAUCCAAAUUGAAAGAGCCAGAAUAAAUCCAGGCUGGAAACUGAUACAGGGGGAGCUCAGUCUGAUUUAUGGCACAGGGAGACUCCCAGAGGUUGGAGAAUAAUGCAAAGGAAUUCCCAUUUUCUGAUCCUGAUGUCAGGAUUUUUCUGACCAUUUAGCCCACGUUUGAAUAAUUUGUCAGUUUUUUGGGUCCCUGAGGUACAAAUUUGGGCUGAGCUGUCCAUGAAGUCCAUCUCAGUGCAGGGAGACUCCCAGACCUUGGAAAAUAAGGCAAAGGAAUUCCUGUUUUCUGAUUUCAGGAGCUUUCCAACCAUAGAUAGCCAACAUUUGAAUAAUAAUAAUAUUAAUUUGUCUGUUUGGCAGAUUAGUGAGUCCCUGUGGUAAAAAUUGAGGCUGUCUCCUGAAAUCAGCCUCAGUGCAGGAAGACUCCAAAAGGUUGGAAAAUAAAGGAAUUCCCAUGUUAACAAUCCUGAUGUCAGGAUCUUUCUGACCAUUUAGCCAGCAUUUGAGCAAUAAUAAUAAUUGGUGUGUUGGGCAGAUUUUGGGGUCCCUGAGGUCAAUCUGAGUGCAGCAGUGAUGGGGUGUGGGGGUCUCCCCCAGGAGCUGCAGCACAAUUCCAGCUUCCCAUGAGGUUCACCAAGACCUCCUUCCAACCAGGAGUGGGAUGGAGUUCAGCUGGAACACCAAGGCCUCGCUGGGUACUCGGAUUUCAGUCGAUAACCAGAUUGAGAUAUCGAGGAGGAAAGAGAAAUGCCUAAAAUGUGACUCAGAAUUCACAGUCCAGAAGGGCUUUUGUGGAGUGAGAAGAGCUCCCUUGGCAGUUGUUGGGUGUUGCUCAGUGGCUGGAGCUCUGGGGAGUGUCACAGUGGAUUGGAAUUUUCCUUUGACUCUCCAUCCAUUGCAUGGAAUUCCUUUAAAAAGCCAAAUUGUUGGAUUGGAAGUGUCCUUCUGAUCUGUCUGUGCUUUUGGUCACUGUGUGACUUUGACUGUUCAUGUGUUCAGAAGGUCCCAGCUCAGCAUUUAAGCGUUCGCUUCCCAACAUCCUCAUCCCACAAUCCAUGGAAUGCCGUGGAUUCCCUGUUCCCAGAGCAAUCCCUUAGAAGUGCUUGGCUGACUUGGGCCUUAAUGAAGAAUGCAUACUGUAAUUAGCAGUGUUUUUUAGGCUAUUUUUAUGUAUUUUUUAAACUUUUAAAAUGAGCCUGACCACACCGUGUUCAGUCUUUUGAAAUGUUUGCGUUUCCCUCGUCCCAUUUUUCGUGUAAAGUUACUGGAACUUUUCUGUAUAACCAAAAUGUAUUUAAUUUAUCAAAUCUUUAUAAUAUAUAUAUAUGUAUGUAUUAUACAGUUUCAGCUCUUAUUAUUUUUUUUUCCUUACGUUUCUAAUUUGAUCUUGCUGUGUUUUUAAUGCCGGUGAAUGUGGCUGAAUUAUUUGUAUAUGCAAAUUGCAAGAUCUAAUACAUUCUGAUGCAAGAACAAAGCUUCCUUUUUAUUCUCCACCUGCAUUAUUUUCCUUUAAAUCUUUUAAUUUCAUUCCUGUGUUGUGUGUUCAUUUGAAUUAAGCAUUCUAAAAGAGUUGAAAUCCAUUAUCUAGAUCAGUAAUUUUUCAGUGCUUAUCUGUAGCUGUUUGGGAGUAAAAUUGAUUUAUUUUGAAUAUUGUGCAUAUAAAGGGUGUAGGAACUCAUGGAAGCAGUUGGAAUCUGGGUCAUCCCAAACUGUCUGGAUAAGUAAGAUCUGAUGAAAUAAAUAUAGUAAAAUUAAGUAAAUAUAGCAAAAUAAUCCUGUGGUAAACUGUGGUGUCGUACCAAGAUAGAAAUAGGUUCUAAACUUCCAGCUGUGUCAUCAAUCGUGAAUUGAAAGUUCAUUCUAAUUAACAGCAAUUUUUUAAUUCAUUUUGACAAGUUUUGCAUUGGAUAUGUUGCUAAAGUUAACCAGGAUGGCCCUGCUGUUGUAACAAGGUAGGGGAGGUUUGUGUAAAGCAGGAGUAACUGCUCAGGGGUUGCAUCCUAAUGUCAAAUCAAAUAGGAUUUCUCGAAGCCUGAUUUCUGUUUGGCCCCUUUUCUGUUUCCCUGCUCCACCUCACACCUCCCAUUUGGGAGAUGCUUCUGCAGGGGGGCUCAUUUUAGGAUUUAUUUUUCCCCCACAGUUGUUGGGAAGAACUUUCCUGCACGUCCUUCCUGGGCGUUGUUCUAACGUUGGCAGGAUGAGAGGAAAUGGCCUCAAAUUGUGCCUGGGGAGGUUUGGAAAUUAAAAUUUCUUCACGGAAAGAGUUUUAAAGCUUUGGAAAAUUGCCUGGGGCAGUGGUUCCCAUCCUUGGAAGUGUUCAAAAAAUGUGUGGGUGUGGCAUUGAGGACGUGGGUUAGUGGUGAACUGGUUGAUGGCUGGAUUUGAUGAUCUUUUCCAAAUUUAACAAGUCCCUGAUUCUCAUUUGCCAUUGCAGGUAAAAGCUGUUAAUUUUUUUAAUUAUUCCAGAGGAGUUGAUAAACUCUUUUGUGUGAUUGGGUCAUGUACUUUCAUUCAGCUUGUGAGGCCACUGGGAGAUGACUCUGUGUGUGAGGACAGUCAGGUGCCUUGGUGUGGUCUCAGAAAACAGAAGAAUCUCAAAUAUUUAUCAGUUCUUGGUUAAUUAAUUAAUAAUGAUAAUAGUAACUGUCGAUCACACAGCAAAUGUGGAUAUUUCUAUACUCUACUGGUGGUAAAGUUGUUUUUUUCCUACUUUUAAAGCUACCAUAAAGACCUUCUGGUUCCUUAUCUGGUUCUGUUUUUAGAAACUGAGCUUUCAUAAAAAAUACACUUUGAUUGCAAACUGUC